AUUUGGAUAAAAGCCAUGGCAUGCUCGUUUGAAAAAGACAGCAUUUACUCGCCUGAAUCUACUGUGUCUUCUCUCCUAGCAAGUUGCAGCCUUAACAGUAGUAACUCAAACGGCUCAAUUCAAUACAAAGACAAGGUAUACAACUCUGCAUCUCAGGCUUUGGAGGCUUAUAUUGAAGAUUUUGACCAAAGUCUUAUGUCUUCAGAAGUAGGCACUGGAAAAAUCUGCAUAGGUCAGAGUACUCCUAAAGAUAAGUCAGCAAAGUUUGCUUCUGUACAAAAAUACGCUUUGGAGGACUUUAACCAGCAAGUAAAACUCAACUCCAUUGCCUCACCUUUUAUAAGACAAACUGUUUGUGACCCAGACUUGAUUAGUCUCACCACAGAUGAUCUACUAGCAUUUCCAGCAGAUGGAUCACUGCCUUUUAUCCACAAGAGUCCUUCUGGGUCAGGGCUUCAAAGUGGCAAGUGGAUUAGGAAGUCACUGAAAAAACCUGCCUUCUAUCCUUAUCAGACUUCUUCAUUUGAUAUUGAAAAAGACUUUGAUUUCCAAGACAAUGGCAACGCUGUGGAUAAUCGAAAUCAUUACAGAGACGUUGACAAAGAGAAACACAAUGUGUAUAAAUCUCACAAAUACAAUUCUAUAUUUUCUAAAGAAAAUGCAGGGGAUUGCCUUUUUCAACAACAGUCUGAGUCCAUUUCUGUCAAGAAUUAUCCAAGGUGGCUUACUAGCCAUAAGUCUGACUUGAAUGUGUCAGGGAUAAGUAGUAUUCCUGAUUUCAAGUACCCAAUCUGGCUAAAGAGUCAUAACCUUUUAUGUGAUUCAGCUAAUCAAAGUUUUAUUCAAACAUUGAACAUGCAGGAUGAAUUUUCCUCUUCACAAAUGUGUGAGAGUAUGAAAAAAAAACACAUUGUGAAUAAAUUAGACUGCAAUUCUUUUGAACAAAAUAGUUAUCUGGAGCCAACAGGUGACAGUGAAGUAACAGGAAAUUGCCGAUAUGUCAGACCAAGUACAGACUUCCAACCUGGCAAUGUUCUCUCAAGACAGUCCAAACGGCCAUUCAGAGAUGACCAGAUUGAGUUGCUUAUCUUGAAGGCAAAGAGAACUCUAGAGUCUUCUGUUGAGAAUUUAUCAAGUGCUCUGAAAAAUGAUGGCAGCCCUUGUACAGUAGAUAUACUGGAAGCAGAAAGAUCCUGGGAAAAUGUUCCAGUUGCUUUCAAACCUCCAGUGCCUGUACACUGUGAGGAAGAUGAGAACACUCUACAAUCACCCAAGGCUAACAUUGUAAAUGAAUUCCUUGAAGACUGUUUAAAUAAUGACAAUCAGGAAAAUACAUUUUCUGGAGGUAACCACCAUGGGCCAGUUGAAGCUUUAAAGCUAAUGUUGUUCAACCUACAAGCUGUUCAUGAAAGCUUUAACAAGAAUAAAACUGGUGAGCAAAAUGAUGAAUUAAAAAAACUUUCAGAAGAAGCAGUUUCUGAAUUAAAGCAAUGUGACAAUGUUGUGAUCCCUAUUACCAAGUCCCUUCGAAGGGCUUUACACCAUUUGUCCCGGCUCAAAGGCCUAGUUGAUGAUACCAGUGGCAAACAAGAUCAGAAAGAUUAUCAUCAAGAAGAUGGAAAGGGAAAAAAUCUACAAAUAAGAAAUACCUUGUUGGAAGCUGAGCAGUCUAUAUAAUUAAAAUAUUAGUACCUGUGUAAUAACCAUUAAGUUUUCUUUGAGAGCAGUUUCAAAGGUCAAAUAUAUUUUUAUUUUUAUAAAUUUGAGAAAAGUGUGUUAUUUUAAAAGUACCAUACAGGAUUUCUACACUUUUUUUUUUUUUAGCAUUGAGGUGAAAACUCCAAAAUGUAUGAGUAAUACAUAUAGAAUCUAGUAAAAUCUAAUAUUAUCUGGAAAGACCGAUACUAUAAAGAAUAUUUAUUUUAUUAAAAUAACUUGAGCAGCCAUCAAGGAAAAGGCUCUGUGGUCUAUAAAUAAAAUUCAGAAACUCAAAAUGCUACGCCACAUUCAGCAGCCCCAGUACAUCCCCCACACUCUGCUACAAAAUUGAUAGAAAUAAGGAAACUGAAGAGUGAAACUUAUAAACUUACGCAAACAGGAAGGCUUUGCAACAAUAUUACAAAAAAGCUCUGGGAUCAUUGCUUUCUGAUAGAACUUUAUUUUGACAUGAUUAUAGUCAGGAGCAAAGCCUUCAGAUUACUGAAUUUGCUAACUCUAGAAACCCUUCUCAGGCAUUUCUCUUAUACAAGUCAUGUAAUCCCCUUUCAACCAUUAUUUCUAGUUACAGUAAGACAAUAUCAUGACAGAUUUAUAGGAUGAAAUACCAAAGUUCCUCAAGAGGCCAAAUGAGUCUAGCUGUGACCUAUUUCUUUGGAUAGAAGUGCCAUAAAAUAAUAUCACCUAACUUUGAAAAGUAGUCCUUUUUAAGCAUGCAUUUGCAUAGCUGUGUAUUUUCUUCCAUGCACUUUGUCAGUUGAGAGAUUAAUCGCUAAAGGUCAGUUUACCUUUUUGUACUAAUACAGUUGUAUAAAAUCCCCUCAAACCAAGUCAGUAAAGAAGCUUGAAAAGAACCAAAAGAAUGCAUUUAAAAGUUCCAGAAUGCUGCAUCAGUUCUUCAGGCUAGAGCAGUGUUAAAUAGAUCAUUCAAGGAAAAGCUAGUUUGUCACUUGAAGCCUGGUGCAAUGAUGUUUGAAAUUAAAAAUAAAACAAGCAUGAAAUUUUUCAAGUGCCAGGAUGUGGGAAUUCUGUAUUUAAAUUAUGCCUGUUGCAUACUUCCUAGAAAAGAGCUGAUUUGGUCUCUAAAGAUAUAUAUUGGUAAAUUGGUAAUGAAAUAAAUAUAUUUUUAAUUAGAUAGGGGCUCAUUAUGUCUCUUCACCACUAUGUACAUGCUUGUGGCUAAGUGUUAACAAAUACUAUUUUACAUCUACAGCUCACAUGAAAACAUUGUUUGGUAUUUGUCAUUUGCAGAAUUUUGAUUAAAAAUAUUGUCAGCA